CCUUCAGCUUGCUCACCCUUGCGAGCUGUCGUCCAAUGGAAUCGGAUGUAAACAAACGCAUGCCGCUAUCAAAUUGAAAAGCCGCGCAAUUUGGCAUGCAUUUUGGUGAUGAACAAACGAUAGAUAGGCUAAGAUCGCUUAGAAAAAAAACAAUGGCAGUUAACGAGUUUAUGCACCCAAGAAAUCGAUAUCGAGAAAAGCCAAACUUUCAACAGCUGAUUCAACAAUUUCCCGAACUGAAUGAAGUAGCCAGCGUGGAUUUAGCGGGGAAAGUAAAGCUAGACUAUCGAAACAGGCAAGCAGUGCACUUGCUAUCAAAAUGUCUACUUCAGCGUGAUUUUGGUUUGAUGCUGGAACUUCCACCGAACAAACUAGUGCCAACACUGCCCCUGCGGUUAAACUACAUCCACUGGUUGGAGGAUAUCGGAUCCGUAGCACACUGGCAGGGGAAGGAAAAAGUGCGUGGCAUUGAUAUCGGGUGUGGCGCAUCCUGUAUCUAUCCACUGCUCGCGGUGGUACAAUCCAACCAUCGCUGGCACAUGGUUGCCAUCGAAAAGGCGGAAGACAGUUUGGAAAGCGCAAAGGCUAACGUCACCCGAAACAAGUUGCAAGAUUGCAUUCGCGUACAGCCGCAACAGCUGGCGGGAAACACGAUUCUGCUGGACGUGCUGAUGAAGGAUUUCCCAGACGACCGGUUCGAUUUCUGCAUGUGCAAUCCACCGUUUUUCGAUAGCAAUUCGAAUGAGUUAAAGCCAAACGAUCGAACUGGGAGACGGCGGGAACCUUCGAACGCUAGCUCGGGAUCGCUAGAUGAACUGUGCACAGAAGGUGGGGAGGUUAAAUUUAUCAGUCAAAUCAUAGCAGAAAGCCUCGAGCUAAAGGAUCGCGUCUCGGUGUACACAACGAUGAUGGGCCAUAAAAGAAGCUACCAGGAAAUACUGCGUUUGCUAAAAAGUAAAUCCAUACAUAACAUCACCGUGAGCCGGUUUUGCCAAGGCAACACGACUCGAUGGGCCGUAGGAUGGACUUUCGAUACGAAUGUACCACUGUCCGUGGUGCCUAACAGUCUAAUGGCAACUGGUGGUGGUGUAUCAUCCUGGCCUGGCAAUAAGAAAAGCCCCGGAAAUCCCGUGUUUUAUAGAAUUUUCACGCGCAACGGUGUGGACUCAAUACAAUCCGCCAAACAAUACGUCACCAGUAAACUCCAAGCAAUAUCCAUACACGUGGAUACUGCUGGUGAAUUGAGCAAUGCGGAGGAUAUUGUUCUUAAGUUUACAGCUCGUGAGAACACAUGGUCUCAUCAGAGAAGAAAAAGACGUGCCGCCCUAAUCAGCUCACAAGAAACGCAUCCAAUACGAAUGGCAAACGGAAAUGGGACAGAACAACAAUGUCCCGUUGAACGCAAUGGAAGCGACGCGAAGAAACCAAGACUGGAGGAUGGUGCUGAUCAGCAUGGCAGCAGUGGCACCCAUGAAAUAGAUAGCACCGAUGACCCUUAUCUAACUGCAGCGUUGAACUUACAGCGUAGGAAAGACGGUUAUUAUGUAGCGCUGCAGUAUAUCGCCGGUAUUGCGGGAAAGGAUGCAGUUAAUCAGAUACUUCAGUACCUAAAAAAUACGAUCAAAGCAGAAACUACCACAGACGAUGAUGGUAAAAUGUUGGACGCUGGUACAAAGUGCCCGUCCGUUGAGUAGGAAAUACAUUUGAAAUGAUUCGUUAAUAUAUGAAACGUUGCAUAGCAAAAAAAUAAAACAUAGCCCUUGAACAGGCCGAGUAUACAUUUACAA